AUGCAAGAAAGCUCAAGAAGAGGAGACAAGGACCCCUUUUGUGUAAUUCAUAAGCUUCCUUCUGGUGAUGCUCCUUAUGCACGAGCCAAACGUGCUCUGAUGGUUGAGAAGGAUCCUGAAGCAGCCAUAGUAUUAUUUUGGAAUGCAAUCAAUGCAAGAGAUAGAGUAGAAAGUGCACUUAAGGACUUGGCAGUGGUGCUGAAACGGCUGGAUAGAAGUGAAGAAGCCAUUGAAGCCAUCAAGUCUUUUAGAAACCUUUGUCCCAAACAAGCACAAGAAUCACUUGAUAACAUCCUCAUCGACUUAUACAAAAAAUGCGGGAGAACGAAUGAACAUAUUGAUAUGCUAAAGCAGAAGCUGAGGUUGAUAUACCAAGGAGAGGCCUUCAAUGGAAAACCCACCAGGACUGCUCGCUCAAAUCGCAAGAAGUUCCAAAUUACCAUCGAACAAGAAACUUCUAGAAUACUAGGCAAUUUGGGUUGGGUCUAUAUGCAAAAAUCCAACUACAUGGCAGCCGAGGUGGUGUACAAGAAAGCCAAAAUGAUUAAUCCAGAUGCGAACAAAGCUUGCAACUUGGCUCUUUGCCUCAUCAACCAAGGUCGAUACACCGAAGCCCAUUCAAUUCUCAAAGAAGUAUUGCAAGGUAAACUUCCAAACUCCGAAGAUUGCAAGGCCCAAAACCGAGCCCAAGAACUUAUGCUAGAGGUGGAGCCUAAAUGGUUGCCGCCAUCAGAGACAAUAAAGCUUGAGGGGUUUGAUCUUGAAGAUGAUUUUAGUGAUGGAUUUGAGAAGGUAUUGAAUAUAUGGGCUCCAUUUAGAACAAAGAAACUUCCAAUCUUUGAAGAGAUAUCUUCAUAUAGAAAUCAACUAGCAUGUUAG